UGGCGAGAACUCUUAUGAAACCAGCCGCGUACGUAUCUGGUCGGGGAAGCUGUAGACAGGAGCUAGACCUACUUAUCCAGAGCUAGAAACAGCGGAACUUGCUCACACGUUUACAAAUUACGGGAAGAAAUGAUACAUUCUGAAGGGAAGACAUAGGAGCCCUUCUGCUGCGCAUUUAAGAGUUUAUUAUGGCCCCGAAUUCCAUCCACUGGUUCCGGAAAGGCCUGCGUCUCCAUGACAACCCAGCGCUUCGGGAGGCUGUGCGCGGAGCAGCCACAGUGCGUUGCGUCUACUUCCUAGACCCCUGGUUCGCCGGCUCCUCCAACCUCGGGGUCAACAGGUGGAGGUUCCUCCUGCAGUGCCUGGAAGACCUCGACGCCAGCCUCCGCAAGCUCAACUCUCGCCUCUUCGUGAUCCGCGGCCAACCGGCUAACGUUUUCCCCCGGCUCUUCAAGGAGUGGAAGAUCUCGCGCUUGACCUUUGAGUACGACUCAGAGCCGUUCGGUAAAGAGCGGGAUGCUGCCAUCAGGAAGCUGGCGAUGGAGGCCGGGGUGGAGGUCAUCGUCAAGACUUCACACACCCUCUAUGAUCUCGACAAGAUCAUUGAGCUGAAUGGCGGGCAGCCCCCGCUCACCUACAAGCGCUUCCAGACCCUCAUCAGCCGCAUGGACCCCCCGGAGCUGCCGGUGGAGCCGCUGUCCGACGCCUUCAUGGGCCGCUGUGUCACGCCUGUUGGGGACGACCACGGGGACAAGUACGGGGUGCCCUCGCUGGAGGAGCUGGGGUUCGACACAGAAGGGCUGCCAUCGGCGGUGUGGCCGGGGGGCGAGACCGAGGCGCUGACCCGGAUAGAGAGACACCUGGAGAGAAAGGCGUGGGUGGCGAACUUCGAGAGGCCCAGAAUGAACGCCAACUCCCUGCUGGCGAGCCCCACGGGCCUGAGCCCCUAUCUGCGUUUCGGCUGUCUCUCCUGCCGCCUCUUCUACUUCAAGCUGACAGACCUCUACAGGAAGGUGAAGAAGAACAGCUCUCCGCCCCUUUCCCUGUACGGCCAGCUCCUCUGGAGAGAGUUCUUCUACACGGCCGCCACCAACAACCCACGCUUCGACAAGAUGGAGGGCAACCCCAUCUGCGUGCGCAUCCCCUGGGACUGGAACGCCGAGGCGCUGGCCAAGUGGGCCGAGGCCAGGACCGGCUUCCCCUGGAUCGACGCCAUCAUGACCCAGCUGCGGCAGGAGGGCUGGAUCCACCACCUGGCCCGGCACGCCGUGGCCUGCUUCCUGACCCGAGGAGACCUGUGGAUCAGCUGGGAGGAGGGCAUGAAGGUGUUUGAGGAGAUGCUGCUGGAUGCGGACUGGAGCGUGAACGCGGGCAGCUGGAUGUGGCUCUCCUGCAGCUCCUUCUUCCAGCAGUUCUUCCACUGCUAUUGCCCUGUGGGCUUCGGCCGCAGGACCGACCCCAACGGAGACUUCAUAAGACGUUACUUACCUGUCCUUCGAGGUUUCCCAGCUAAGUAUAUCUACGACCCCUGGAACGCCCCGCACUCCGUGCAGACCGCCGCCAAGUGCAUCAUUGGCAUCCAUUACCCCAAGCCCAUGGUGAACCACGCCGAGGCCAGCCGGCUCAACAUCGAGAGGAUGAAGCAGAUCUACCAGCAGCUGUCCCGCUACCGAGGGCUAGGCCUGCUCGCCUCAGUACCUUCCAACCACAACGGGAACGGAAACGGCAACGGGAACGGUCAUGGGAACGGGAGCGGUCAUGGGAGCGGGAACGGCGCCAUGAUGGCGUACUCUCCUGGGGAGCAGCAGCCAGGCAUCUCCACACCCCACGGGGCCACGGUCUCAGGGGUGAACGGGAGCAGCAGCAUUUUGCUGAACUUUGGCGGCGAUGAGCGGCCCGGUCCGAGCGGAAUGCAGCAGCACGGCUACCACACCGUGUCAGAUCAAGGCCAAGGGGUGGCUGGCGGUCACCGGCUUUACCAGCCCAGCAGUUCGCAUGAAUUUGCUGUGCCACAGCAUCCAGGCCGCCUGGGUCACGCGGCGGGGAGCGGCACGGGGAAGAGGGAGCGGGAGGCGGAGCGCGAGUCCGGAGCGGACAGCGACCCUCCCUCCUCCGCGCUCAAGGUACAACGGCCCAACAGCGAGAAGAGCGGUGAUCUCCAGGAUGUGAACAUGGUAUCUUUUUGAACAUCAAAACAACCAUAACCCACAGAGCAGCUCAACUUGGAGGUGGAAGGCAUCGGGAGAUUGUGUGUUUUUUUUAUAUAUAUUUCUACUGUUCCAGGAAAGAUUGCUCUUGUGUUUAUCAGUUUAAACACUAAGUAAGAUGUCAUCUUUUUUGCCCAAAAUAAUUGAAGGUGUUUCAAAUUCAAAAUGCAGAGAGUACAUUUUAUGGGGUUGUUGAGAGGUUUUCUGGUUGGGGUGAAAACCAGUCAGUUUGGAUGAAGGAGCUCCGUAUGUGCAGCAGAGUCUGCAAGGUUAUGUAAUCCAAAGACUGUAGUCUCCCUGCCACUGUGAAUCUCACCAACCCAUUAAUCAAAUUAAAUUAAACUCCUAGACAAACACAUCCUCUCUGCUGUUGAUGUGGACCCGAACUGCAUCCAUCUUAUUGCCCUCUAUAUGUGCUGAAAGGCCUGGAGGGACAUGUAUGGCAGGUUUAAAAACAACUAUUUUUUGAGUUAAUAGACAUCGUGAGAUCCUGCUAAGUCAUGUAUGGGUAAUUCAGUCAGCACAAAAUUGGCUGUAUGGCAGGAUGUUCCCCACCUCUGUGGUUUUUGUCCGGUUGUAUAGAUUGGACGGCCAUGAUGCCCGUACCAGUGUAAGGCUAUGAAGUCCUGAGCUAUGGGACUCUCAAUGCCAAUUCUGGUCACCAGCAGUACCAGACAGGCUGAAAUCAAACACCACCAGGCCGGUGGAUCUCAUCCUGCUCCGUCUGGUGCAAGUGCAGGUGCUUAUACCCAGUGUGAAGCCCACAGCAAGGCAGAUGGCCAAGGAAAGCUACAGUACAUCGCUCUUUAAGAGCGUACAAGCCUCGAGUUUGCAUGUCCAGUUACCAUGACCAUUUUUCAAUGGAGGUCGAAUGUGGUCUCCCCUCAGGGGUUGUGCUUCAGAGUAAAAAUAUGUCCACAUGUCACACCCACACAGAAAUAUACAGCUCACACAGAAUUUUUUUUAUACUUUUCAUACUUCGAGGGGAAAGUUAGUAAAUUAGUCUAGCUUGAAAACCAGCAGCUUACUUCCCCUUAUUCUGCCAAAAAAAAAGGCUGCACUGCAGAAUGAAAAAGCCAAUGGCACUCAAGCUUGGUGCAGUGUUAAACUUCAGUUGGACCCCAUCCCUCCAAAUGGGAAGGACAGGGGUGUCACCCUACAGGGCUUACGCUGUGCAAUUCAGUGUGUUACAUCACCAUCUGUCUCCAAGUCCUGAAGUAUGUAGUCUUGAAAGUCUCUCCUCCAUACAGUUGGCAGCAGCGCCACUGGUGGCAGCCAUUUUGGGAUAUCUGCAUGGUCCUUUAUGGAUGUCACACGCAAGAGUGGGACUUAUUUCUUCUGACUUGCAUAUGCAGUACCCCCGGUCCUAUAGAUGUGUACACACGUAUAAACAUUCCAUAGGAGAAGAGGACAGCAGCCAGGGCUUUUAGGGCACAGUGGAGGAGUGUAGAGAAGAAACUGCCCUGAAGCAAACCGUAUUGCUUGAGGCGAUUUUUCUUUGAAAAAUAUCCUGAAUUGAGGGCAGCCUCUCUUCGUCCAGCUAGCUGCUCAGUGCUACCUGCUUCUUCUGUUUGGUUCAUGCCUGCCUGGUGCAUUUCUGCACAUUAUAGAUGGCUUGUCAGCAUGCUUCACUGGUGCGGAUCUACUUUAUCACUUAUUUGUCGUUGGCUCACCCCGGCCAAACCCUCCAACGAACGUUCACCUGUUGUUUCCAAAGGGUGUCAUUUUUUAUUUUCAGUAAAUGCAAUGUUCUUUUUUGUAUGUACAUAAAUAUAUAUAUAAAAUACAAAAGUGUAAAUAAUUUCAGUAAUGACUUCUUUAUCAGUAACUUUACUUAUAUUGACCUAUAAAUAUGUAUAUUUAAAAUUUUGUUUCGUAUAUAAUACUUGUAUGGUAUUGCUCCACUUUUCCUACCAGCUGUAAUCUGCAGUUUUACCAUCCUACAUAUAUUUAUAGAUAAAAUAUGUGUGUGUAUAUGUACUGUAAAUGUAUAUGUGAGUAUACAUGUGUACAUGUAUGUACAUAUAUGUAUAUACACAAAUAUAGAAAAGGAGCUUGGAAAUGUUAAAAGCUAUGUUGUGGCAUCUAAAGAGUGAUACCUAUUUUAGGUGUCAGCACAACAUGCUACCGGCUGAAUACCCGUGAGAGAAAUGCAGAGAUCGCUAUGGACACUAGAGCUGCAGGAAGAGAGGGGAGGCAGGUCCAGUCUUAAUAUCCCAGAGCCUUUUUUGCCAUUAGCGAGAACUGGUGUCAGGUCUAUAAUUGGAUAAGAGCUGUGAAUGUUUUUAAAGGCAGCAUUUUAGAAUGGCACUUUUUGUCACCCUUGUUAAUAAAAAAGAACAUUCCUUGUUGUCCAAAAAUGGUCUCAAGGGUUUCUGCUAAGUUUCAUUCUCGAAAAGUGUAAAGUAUUUGUAUAGAACUGUUUUUUUUCUUCUUGAAUGCCUGUUUGAUUUGUUUAAAUGUGCAUGCGUUUAUGUCAUUCACAACUCAUAUAGCUCAUGUCCCUUUAAUACAGGGAUCUUGCUUUGGUCAUCUAUGGAAAGCACACUGCAGCUUUUUCAGUUAUAUAUUUUUUGCAUUAAAACGAUAGCAGAAGUUUCUCCUUGACCACUGCGCUGGGCAAAACACUCCUUAGUUUCCCUCUUGUACUGACCUAGUCCUGUACUUGAACAAAAAAAAAAAAACAUUUUCACCAGUCAGUCUGAAUUUAAAUGUAGUAAAUUCUGAGGUAAUGCCCAGAUGCAGCAUCACACAAUCACAAUCCCCCUUCUCUCCAACUAAUAUUUGACCACAGUUCCUUUCUUGAGGAAUGGAUUUCACAAGCCCUGCUACCUGUGAAUCAGGUCUAUGUGUGUAAUAAAAAUUGAGAAACCAGGAAGGGAGUCUUUGGGUGACCUCACAUUUUACACUUUGGCACAAAAUUCAAGUUGAAGAAAUGGAGAAGUCAAAAAAGAUUACACCAUAGAAAAUCCCUUUGACACCUUGAACACCCAGACAUUCACCCCGUUCAGAGGUGAAGUGACAGCCAGCGGUGACUUGGGAGAGCUAUGUUAAACCAGACCAGGCAACCCUGUUAGCCAUAAAAACUAGGGAUCCAUCUCAAGACUGCUUGUGUGGGGAAAAAACGAGAGAUGUGUUCCAAUGUCUUUAGUUGGGGCCACUCAAGUUCAAAUGUCAAUACUCAAAAGAGGAUAAGAGAGUGUAUGUAGUCCCGCCAGGUCAUAUGACCCUACACAAAUACUGG